AUGCAUAUAAUCAACACCAUCAUUGAGCUUUCUUCGCAAAUGAGAGGGCCAAUUCUAGCUACCACGUUGGCAACAUGUCUCAUUAUCGUGAUAUUAUGCCGUGGCUACAACCAUCGCCGAUUUUACCGAGACUUGCCAGGACCUCCCCAUAGCUGGCUGUUCGGCCAUAUCAAGGUCUUUAGCCAAGUCGCAGCAUCGAUGCCGCCAAACACUCACCCGCAGCUCCUCUAUACAGAAAUGGUCCGCUUAUACAACCUUGAAGAAAUAUUCUACCUCGACCUCUGGCCUAUAGGCCCUGGUAUGGCCGUGAUUACUGAUCCUAAACUGAUGGACAACUCAUCCCUUCCGAAACCUCUUCCUAUACAUCCCUUUACUGCGAUAUUCCUGAAGCCAAUGUUUGGCGAGGGAACAAUGGCAGCGACCAACGGCGCGCUAUGGAGGAAAAUGGCCACAGCUGUUAGUCCGGCUUUCUCGAUGGGCCAUGUCCUAGGAAUGACGAAUAUCAUGAUCGACGAAUGUCUGCUAUUCCAAGAUAAGUUGGCCGAGUUGGCCGUGACAGGAGACACAUUCUCCAUGGAGGAGCUCGUCGCGAAACCAGUAUUCGACAUAGCUGCGACAGUCACAGUUGGAGAGCCUCAGUAUUCUCAAACAGUAGGAAGUCAAGUCUUGGAGGAUUUGAGGGACCUUGUGAAUCUUGCUCAAGGAGAGACAGACCCCCUCAUUGCCUAUAACCCAAUUAUACAGAUCCCCCGACGAUGGAAAAGACACCGAAUCGUUAGCAGGCUCAACAGCUCCCUGAGGCAAAAGGUUAACGAAUGCGUGGAGCGGAUUGUUCGGGAAGGAGGCGUUCCAUCAAGGCAGAACCCGAGAAGCAUCAUGGAUCUCUUGGUUCGUGAGCAUGCGGAAGCUGUGCUGGAGGAAAGGAAGAGAGGUGUGUACGGCCGUCCACGGCUUUCUAGUUCCAAAGAAGAGAUGCUCUUUAGCAAUCUAAGAACGAUGCUGUUGGGAGGGCACAGCACAUCGACGAACACUCUCUGCUUACUAUUGAUGCUUCUAUCAAAAGCCCCUGAUGUUGUGGAAAAGAUGAACCAAGAACACAUUGAACAGCUUGGAACCUCUCCUGAAGUCACUCUUCUCGCCAACCCAAAUAUGCUUCGAAGACUCCAUUACACAGAAGCGGUUCUCAAAGAGUCUUUGAGGCUUUACCCCCUCGGUUCCGAUCUAAAACAAGCACCUCCAGGGACGACAGUCACCACAAACGAUGGCCGCCGCCUCCCUAUCGCCAAUGGCCUCGUCGUGACAGCCAGCGCACACACCAUCCACUACGACGCACACAUAUAUCCGGAUCCUGCAGCCUUUCGACCAGAACGAUGGCUAAAUCAAGAGAAACCCAUCCCCGGUGAUUACUUCAGGACAUUUGGCGGAGAUGGGAGAACGUGCCCUGGCCAGAAUAUGGGAAUGAACAUACUCAAGAUUGUCAUGGUCAUGACUAUGGGUAAGUAUACGUUUGAAUGUGCGGGACUGAAGCCCAACAGAGAGCCCAAGACGAAACAUACCAAUUUCGAUCUCGUAUUUGGGGGCUUGGCAUUCCAGCAGCUUGGGUUGGACGGGAGGCCAAGGGAUGGGAUGAUGAUGACUGUAAGGAAGAAGGCGCAAGUUCAUUAA